GGUGGUGGCAGCCAGUGCCCCGGGCUUGCCGCGAUUCUCCGCCCCGCCACCGCUGGCCUUCCGCCCCUCGCCCCCGGCGCGUCCCGCGCCUCUCCUGCCGCCUCCGCGCAGCCCCGGCGGUGCGAGGCAUGAAGCUGAGCAAAGCCCAGUACGAUGAGAUAGCCCAGUUCCUGGGGCACGUGCAGCCCACCCGGCAGAGCCUGAGGAAGCUGAAGGAGAAGUUUCCUAGUCAAUCGCAGUCCACUCUGCUGAGCAUCUUCUCCCAGGAGUACCAGAAACAAAUCAAAAGAACACAUGCCAAGCAUCACACUGCUGAAGCUAUAGAAACUUACUACCAAAGGUACCUGAAUGGCGUGAUGAAAAAUGCAGCUGCCCCAGUAUUACUGGACCUGGCCAAUGAGGUGGACUUUGCCCCAUCAUUGAUGGCUCGUAUUGUGUUGGAAAGAUUUCUACAAGAAAAAGAACAAGCCAUCCCCUCCAAAACUCUUAUAAGUAGCAUGCUACGGGACCCUUCUCAGAUUCCAGAUGGAGUGCUAGCAAAUCAAGUCUAUCAGUGUACUGUGAAUGACUGUUGUUAUGGACCACUGGUGGACUGCAUCAAACAUGCUGUUGGGCAUGAGCACGAAGUCUUGCUGCGAGAAAUGCUUUUGGAAAAAAAUCUCUCUUUCAUUGCUGAAGAUCAGCUUCGUGCAAAGGGUUAUGACAAAACACCAGACUUUAUCUUAGAAGUGCCAGUAGCUGUGGAAGGACACAUAAUUCACUGGAUUGAAAGCAAAGCCUCAUUUGGUGAUGAAAGUAGCCACCAAGCCUACUUGCAGGACCAGUUUUGGAGCUACUGGAACAGAUUUGGCCCCGGAUUAGUCAUCUACUGGUAUGGAUUUAUUGAAGAGCUGGACUGCCAUCGUGAACGUGGUAUCCUGCUAAAAGACUGCUUCCCUACUGACAUUGUGACUCUGCGACACAGCAUGGCUCAGCGCUGAUGUUGGGAGGAAGAGGUACUUAGAAAAUUUCUGGCACAGUGAAGUCCAAAAGAGCAACGUGGAGGAGUUUUCUAUGUGAGUUAUUUCUGAAGGAGUUUACCAUCCUGGUGUUCAAGAAGGGGGAUUGAAAAAAAAAAUAAGAUACAACAGUGCUUCAUACUGGAUCAGUUCCACAAGACAAAUAAAGCACACAAAUGGACAGAAGUUUCCUGCGCACUUGUUUUCUUGUAAGAGCCUUGUUUUUCUUUUGUUAAGACCACCAAAAUCAGAAGUUUAUUGAGGUGGGUGUUAGCCCUUCUUGAAGUUUUGUGUUCAGUCUCCUCUUUUUCCAUCCACAUUGCCACUCAGAGGGGCAAGAUUGGGUCUCAGGUUUGUGCUCUCAGACAUUCUUUAAUGACAGCAGCUUAUUGGGCUUGACACAGUUCAAUAGUGUUUUCUUUGCUAACUAUUACUUAGGAAAGGACAAAAUAUUUUAAAUGUCAGUGAGAGAUUUGCAUGUAUACUCAUCAUGUUCAGAUUUUCUGAGAAAAAGAGCUAUGGAUUUUUUUGGUAGAAAUAAAAGUCUGAUAACAGUCUCCCUAAAACACAAGUUGAUGGUGUUUUACAGAUAGAAAGGGUCUCUAAAACAUUACAGUGCAUAUUCAUCGUCUUUUUUAGUGGAAGUGGUACUCUGUGUGCCUGUAUGUUUUCAAAAAUCAUGUGCAUAUUUUUUAUAGUCUUGCCUUGAGUGGAAAGGAUAUUAAUCCUACUCAGGAGUUUUUCAGCUGUAGAUUUCAGUAUACACAGUAUUUUUAUUUUUAAUUUUUAAUUUUCACCUU